UCAUCUUCUAUAUUAAACGAAAGUGAACUAAUAUUGUGGGGCCUUAUUUUUCCUCGUAAGCUGUGUAUUCCUCCGCGAGCCAGAAUUAUUAGAUCUCAUUGUGAACAAUCAGGAAAAUCUAGUGAGCGCUUAACAAACUUUAACUAGUAUCAAUUCACGCAAACAGCGUGUAUUAACUGAAAGAAACAUCCAGCGAUUCGUUUAAUACAAGCUAGCAGUGGUGUGUGAGACUUUCUAACUUAAUUUGUAUUAAAAGCAAUCAGCGAAAAUAACCUAGACAUACUACAGUAAUUCCAAAUGAAGGGUAAGGUUAGACAGUUAACGAAAUCGCGCUCCGCUGUUCUUCUGUUCUCGCGAGUGUCUAUUAGUGGUUACAAAAUGGUUUUAUUGGAUUAAAUCAUGUUGGGUCAUUACGAGAUUAUUAAUUAACGAGAUUAGUUUGCGGAAAUUUCAGUUAGAAGACAGAAUUUUAACUGAAUGUGCUUACUUAACUCUUAAUUUUAAAAAGUAUUUCGUGUUAUAACUUAACAAAUAUCAUAUAUAUAAAAAAGAAACGUUUUUUUAAGAACUGACUCAGGAACUUUGAUGAAUAUAAAGUUCUGACCGGAAACGAAGCGCAGGUGUGCUCGUGUUUGGUUCUGGCGCAAAGGAAAGUUAUUUUAAAGGCGGUGGAACCGACGAUAAUGGAAGGGGGUCCGUUCGAUGACAAUUUAUUUUCCGAUUUCUCGGGAUGCGGAUCUGGUACAAGCGCCAUGUUGAGCGCCAAGGCGCACGCGGACGCCCGUGGCAACGUGCACUCAAUCCAAGUGAUGCUGGGGCUCCAGCACUCCGACAUGGUGCUGGGCAAGAUGGACGACAUGGGCGCGCUGUUCGCUCAGCCAACGGACCAGCACCUGGGGGCUGGCGGUGUCAAGAGGAAACCCGAGGACGCCGGCGCCAUGCACCACCAAGUCAGCGCGGAGCAGCAGACGGCGAAGAAAGGAGACUCGAAAAGUAAGAAGAGUGAUAACAAUGGUGUGAAGAAGAAGAAGACACGAACGACGUUUACCGCGUAUCAGCUGGAAGAGCUGGAAAGGGCUUUCGAAAGGGCGCCAUACCCAGACGUGUUUGCCAGAGAGGAGUUGGCACUCAAACUGAACUUAAGUGAGUCGCGAGUUCAGGUGUGGUUCCAGAACCGACGCGCCAAGUGGCGCAAAAGGGAACCACCAAGAAAAACCGGCUACAUGACCACAGGAUCACCAAGUUCUACACUUGGAUCAACAUUCAGUGCUCUGAACAACACAAUGAGUCCAUUUACAAGCCCAUCUCCUUCUACAACAUCAACACCUGAUUCAUGGGCUUACUCCUCAGCAUACGAUCUCUCACCGCACUUGAACUUGCUCUCCCCCUCAAAUUCCCCAUAUUCCACAUCCUUCUCACCAGCAAACAGCACUGCCGCGUAUACUUCAGCAUACGCCACCAUGCUUCCGCAGCACGACUCGACCACAUCCGCAGCAACUCUGUUCCCUGGUGGCUCUAUGCGUACACAUCAGGAUUACGUUGUUGCAUCAGGCAAUAACAGUCCACCAAGUUCCUUGCAAACCCAUGCAGAUUAUCAUGUUUCAACACCUGGAAGCAACAGUCCAUCUAUGAGGACACACCAAGACUACGCGACAGGCAAUACAAACAGUCCGCCCAGCGUCCUGCGGACACAUCAGGACUAUGCGGUGGCAGGAACUGGUAACACCAGUCCACCAAAUUCGUUACGUUCCCACCAAGAUUAUGUGACUAAUACUCACAGCCCUCCAGCAGCGAUACGAGAAUAUCAGACCAUCGUCUCUGCGCAGCAGUCACCCGGCCAUCAACAGCAUUUGGGGCCACGAGGGGCUGCUCAGGCCAGCAAGACUAUGGACUACAUUGAUGUUGGAAAUAUGAGCCCACAGAAGUACCAGGAUGACAUGCAAGAUGGAUUUAACGUAGGUGCACCAAAUGGUAACAAUCCUAGUAAUGGAGGAAACAAAGAGAUUAAGGCAGAAAAUAAUCAGAAUUUUGUGACUCUUCCACCAUUCCUUGGCUGACUAAAGGCAAACAUUAGUGCUGGGCAGUCGGUACAUGACAUUCUUUUCAUAUAGGAAAGUAAAGGCAACUAGGUCAGUAACCUGUCCUUCAGCUACACUGAUGGGACGAAACUAAUCCAUAAUGACUUCAGAAAACUUUCACUGCUAAGAUUUUACAAAUUUUUGUAAUGAGCAAGGACAAUUUUGCAAACGGGUCAUUCCAUGUCAAAAAGAAAACCGCUGUCAACCAUGCAGUUACCAGGUAGGAUUUGAUUCUCAUGGCAGUGAGGAUAAAGAUGUCUGUCUCAAGGUAAAACUUAAACCAGACUAUAUGGCACUAUAUCCCAAAAGACAGCCAUCUUAAUGUAGUAGGCAAUUUUUAUGAUUUUCAUUUUACAAGUAGAUAUCCAUUAAAUAAAAGUUUCAGUUUCCUCUUGUGAUUAAAUCUGUAGAUAUUACUUAAUUAAAUUUUAAGUUUUUAGGAUGAAGCAAGACUUUUUUUUGUAAAUAUCUCCAUUUUUUUAAAAAGUUAUAAAUAAAUUUUGCAUCUUGUAGUACUUUUCCUCAAGGAAUUAGGGACUUAACUGGCUGGCUGAACUGCAACAUCAGUUAAACCUGUGAUUCUCACUUUGGUACCCAUCUGAUGAUAAGAAAUAUCUUAACCUGCAAAAUGUUAAUUGGCACAAACUUAUGGAGGCUUCAUGUACCAGGAACAGUUUUAUCAUAUUGUAGACUAUUUGUCAGUCUUAAAACACGUGCCUUGAUUUCUUUCUGUGUUAAAAAGAAUGUAAUUCCUGUAAUAUUUUCAUUGGCCCAUAUCUGUUGCUAAAAUGUAAUUUGUCAGCUGCCUGAAGACUAGCAUGUGUUACAAGCCCACCAAUCCUGUCUCAAGGACUUUUCCAUGCAAAGAAGCAAACAAAUUCCACUCUGCAGCUAUGUGAAAAUCUUUUUCAUAACAUAUUUUCAAGAAAAUAGCCUAAUGCAGGGAAUUGUUUAAGAAAUGUUAUAUUCUUCUACUAGCCAGCAAAUUCUUGAUCUCAUUAUAAUUUGUAGUGGAAAAAUGUCAAACAAACUCAGAUAUCCACAGUAUAAGUACAAUAUACAGAUAUAACCUUUAUAUGCCAAACACUAAACUUAGUAAAUUUCAGAAAGGAGUUAACUAUACUGGAAUUAAGCUAUUCAACAAUUUUCCUGCCACUGUAAAUGUCUGAAUCACAAAAUAAAGAAGUUUAAACCAGCACUAAAAGAGUAACUCAUAUCUCACUCCUACUCCAUAGAAGAAUGUGCCACAACUAAAAAUUCUCAGUUAUGAAAACAAUAACAGACAUGCUUUCUUGUGUAAUUACUUUUGUGGUAAUACUGCAGUUGACUGUAAAUUACUGUCAUAAUUAUAUAAUUAUUAUUUGUAUUAGAAAUAAUUAUUUAAUUUGUGCUAUGACAUGUUCUACAUCCUUGACAUAGGCCUAUGAGGGUUCCAUAAAUAAAUUUUAUUCUAUUCUAAUCCAAAAGCACAAGACUCAUUAUGAGUAGGCCUAUAAAUGUCUUCCAUUUUCCAAAAGGCACUCACAGAAUAAUAGUAUUUGAGACAAACUGCUGCUGAACACCAAAUUUUGUAUUUUUGAAUUAUUAAAUAUGGAUGUUUUACACAUUUGUGAAAAAAUGGCCUGCCAUGUCCUAAGAACUGUCUAAUUUAAUUCUAGGGAUUUAGUCACUAUAGAAAACAGAAACUGUGAAAAUUUUACUUCGUGGAUAUCUACUCGUAAAAUAAAUAAAUAAAUAUCAUGAAAAUUUAUGAUGCUGUGGUUGACAAUUUUUUUCAUUUGGUGUGGAAUGAACCAAAUGUAUUGUAAAGGAAAAGUAAGGUUUUAGAGACCUGAACAUAAUUAUGAAUUCUGGAAGACUAGGUCUGUGCACGUUUGCUUGCACCUAUAUUGUCUGACACAUUUUCUUCUUAUCUGGUACUAUUGUGUUUGUAUUCUUCAUGAAUAUUAAUGAGAAUAUAUGUAGUAACAUCACAAUCAGAAGCACUUGACAUGAAGAGCGAAACAAAAUUGCUAGUUUUCUUGGAAAUGGCUAUUAAAAUGAUUUUGCUUUGCUACAUGAUUGGUCUAAAUAUUACACAGUCAAAUUCACCUCCCCUCCCCAAACAAAAUACUGUAUUGUGUCCAGCAGCUUCUUUUAUACACAAAACAGUUACAUAAAACAAAAAUUGGGCAAUAAGCUUUGUAUCAAUUAUUUGCUUAUCACAGGUUCACAACCAUUAGGAAGAUGGCUGUGUUCUGGGUUAUAGCACCACGCAAUCUGGUAAAAGUUUAACCUCAAAUCCUACACGAACAAUUAGUUUCAUCAAAUACAACUCACUUCAGUAAUAGAGAUGAAAUACAGAGGGAAUGAAAAGUAACAUAACCCAUUCCUGACACACAUUGUUUGUCAAAAAAUAAAUUACAAUGCUAUCAGACAAAAAAAAUGUUAUAUCAAACUUUGGAGAAGUCCACUGCAUUUAGAAAUGCAUGCAUUUACUCUGUUCCUCAUGUAUGACAUCUCAGCAAAGAGAUCGUUUGUCACAGAGAGGGAUCACCAAGCAAGAUAUUGUAACAGGAUUUGAGACUUUCGCGGUGAAUACAAUCAAUAAAAUCUUCUUGGGCAAUCAGCCGCAUUAACUGGUUAUCGUAGUAAACCGAAGUUUCGGAAACAAACCCUGUCCCCUUCAUCAGCAUUCUGAUGCGACUUCUGAGGAUCCAGUCACAUCAGAACUCUGAUGAUGGUGACAGAGUUUGUUUCCGAAACGUCGGUUUACUACGGUAACCAGUUAAUGCGGCUGAUUGCCUUUGAAGAUUUUAUUGAAGAUACUGUCAAUUUGUUUGGUACAGAAAAAUCACGAAAUGUAUCCCUAAACUCAUUCUGUCAAGUUAAGUAAGAACAAGAUGUCAUGCAGUGUUUGACAAUGAACACUCUUCACACUUGUGAAAAAAACAUCCUUGCACUUUGGCUGUUGAAAGACAACUGACAAAAUGACAUGAGCAGAUUACAACAUACAUAACCUGCAUGGCCUGCUGUACAGUCACAGUGAUGUGUGUUUAUUAAUCCAUUCAAAUUAUAUUGAAUUGCAGCGAACAAUAAAUAUUUUUAUAUGGGUUGUGUGACUUGCCGAUCACUUGUACAUUUAAAAUGAAAGAUAAACAUAAACACACUAAUUUCUUUAUUUAGCCUGGUAUCUUUUCAGUCUUUUGACAAGCUUUUCCUUCGGGAUUUAUGUAACAAGUAUGCUGCAGUGGAUCUUAAAAUUAUUUUACCUUGUGUUCAAUUAAAUAUUCACCAUAUAAAACAUGCUUAAAAUAAACAUUUUAAUCUUAAUGAGAUAUUUUAUGACCAGUAUAAACAUUUUUGUACAUGAUGAGCCACAUGAUAAAAAUAAAAAAAUAAAGGAUUAUUUCAGUAGUGCAUAUAAAAAAAUCACCUGAAAACUUUCAGUUUAGACCUCAAAUACCAAAUUUAAUUCAAAUCUAUCGAGUGGUUUGGAAAUUAAAUAUGCACGUUGGUAGAUAUGAACUUCCAAUUGUGGGUUUCCUUUAUGCAUUUUGUGCAAAAGACAGAUGAAAACAUUCAUGUUUUUUAAUACACAGACAUGGCCAAUGGGGCAUAGUAGUAGAAAGAUAGUGAUGAUUAAAUUCUUCAGGUCUGAAUGCAGUAAUAAAAGGAUAUUAAAGAAUCACAAUUUGCAGCCAGUCACUAUGAAUGCAACAGCACACAACUUGCAAGUGCUUUUGUUGGUUUUAUAGAUGUUCUAGUACACAUUACAAAUUUUCUGUGUUGGUAAACCUUAUAAUCCUAAUUACUUUAUAUGGCAAAUCUUGGGUGGAGACCUAGUAGGGUGCACAUUCAUUCUAUCCAUUCUGUCUGACUAUGGAAGAAGUACAACACACAAAUUUAGAAACUGAAAUUGCGCUGAUGAAUCUUGUAAUACACUCUUCCUUGCUGUUAAUAUCAUGAACAGUUAUUAAAAUUUAGCUUUGCUCUUGAUAUUUCAAAGUUCUUACUCAUUUAUCCUCCUCCAGCAUUGUCAUAUACCACACAUCAGCUACAAGUCAGUCCUGCUGACAUUUUCCAGCUCAUCUUACACCACUGGUUGCCAAGUCAUGCAGUGGGCCUUUAAAAAUAGUCCACAAGGAAUUUAGUAGUUACGACAUUUGACCUUACUUUUGGUAAAAUGAAAAAGACCGCCGGCGAGAACUCCUUGAUUUUUAAUCACAUUCCCUGCAGGAAUUAUCUCCCCUCUACCCAGCACUAAUGUGAGAAGUUAAGAAAGGUUUGUUUGGUAUAGGUGCUCUAUACUGAUAGAAAUGUAAUAUGUUGUGCAUACAUACAUUCAUUAUGCCAAGUGAAAUGAAAAACUUUAGAGUUUCUGUGAUGCAAUACUUAUAUAAAAUCCAAAUGCCUGUUCUUCUGUGGUGUACAGGAAGGGGAAGAGUCAGUGGACAUAUGAGGCCGACCUACUAUCGAGGGGAAAUGCAUUUUUAAUUUGUCAGAAUAUAUACUAAAGCACUCCUUUGAGUGGUUAGCAGAUUUGAGUAUUUAAGAUUGAUGGAGUCCUGAUUCAAGACACAAUGUAAACUGUGUAGUAACUUUGAUGUUCUGAGAUAAGUCUCAAUACAGAAGCAGAUAACUGAAACUGAACUGCUGUUUACAAGGUAAUACAUGGUAUAUGCAGAAUUCUUUCCCGAACUACAACGUGGAACACUACUGGAUUCUGAAAGCAUGAACAGAACUCCAAAUACAAACCAGGACACAUCUCAACAGGGUGUUUUAUUGGUACUGUACGUAAAAAGAGCAAUGGUAAAAUGUAGAGCCACACAGUUUACCUUGUAUUACUAAGCGGACAUUUGUGCUGCCUAGUCUUGUUGAAACGGUGUAAAAGAGCAAGAUCUUAUUGUUUACACGAACCAUCAAAAAAAUCCAAAAUUCUAUUUUUGCAGCAAUAUUCAUUGCCACUCAUUUCAAUUAUUUUAGAAUUUAGGCUCAGCAUUAAAACAUUUAAGAACUUCCUUUUUCAAUUUACUUAUCCAAUACUCUUCGAAACUUGCUUCCAUCAUUCAACACUCAUAAAUGCUCAAAUGUAAACUGCCAAUCUUGACCUUAGGAUUGAAAACAUUGUUUUCUUCAUGAGGUUUAAGUUUUCACAGUGAUUAAAAUAUAGACUGUGAAAAUAUGGAUUGUGUUCUGGGUUAUAAUGCUAUGUAGUUUUUUAAAUGGUUACUAAAGUCUGGAAGGAACAGCCUCCAACUUCAAGUAGAAAGAUGGAAGUAAUAUGUUCCCCUAAAAUGUUACUAAUUAUCUACAAGAUUACACAAUGUCAUUGCUCAGAAGACCAUAAUCCUGAAGUCAUGUAAUAAUGUUUGUUGGAGAAUUAACAAACGUCUUCAAGCAACAUUGUUCCUUUACACAGUGAAUCAGUGUGUUAUUUGGGUACAUACAUGUGUUCACAAAUAUGUACGUAUGCACAACUAAUUCAAAGUUUAAGGUUAAAAUGCCUAAACAACAUAAUGUAUAGCUCUUAGUAACUCUAUUCAUACUUUAGUUAACACAAUGUGUUAUUUAAGAAACUUUUAUGUAUAUUUUUGCAGUUGCCUUUGUGCAUGACUUCCAACCAACCAUACCUAAUUCUUAACUGCAAAAUUGUAGUUACUUGGUUGGGUGACACCGUUCUUCUUGACCGAGGGGUGUCCAGUUUGAAUCUUGGCUGACUUCCUUUUAUUUUAAUGUUUAGGCCUUGCACCAACUGAUUUUAAGUGUAAUGAUUACUUGUAUGAAUUUACGGGGAAAUUUUAAUCCCACACUGCAUUCAUGUGCCUUAAUAAUUUGUAGUAGAGUAUACUGAAACAGUACUUUAAGUCUGGACAUAUUAUGUAUUUUUAUGUGUGUUUUAAGUGUGAAGUAUGUAUAUCAUUUAUCAAUGGAAAAUAUGCUGUGAAUUUGGGAUUUAACAUGCCUUCCAUAAUUUGUUUCUCACAGUAAAGAUAUUUUUGUAACAAUAAUGUGUAUUGUGGUAUCCUAUUCUGACUAUAAAUGAAGUGUUUCAGUGUGUGUGCGCGCGCGUGAAUUUUUUUUUUACAAUUCUGUAGUAAUUAUACACACAAUGAUAGUGUUUCAGUAAUUUUAUAUUACCCCAUAGGAAAAGCAAUAUGUAUCUUAUGCAAGAAAAUAUAAAUAACUGAUCUUUCAGCUCA